AUGGACUGUAAUUUAUCGUACUACUCUGUUACAAAAGAAGAAUCAAUGCUUUGUGAAGAACGUAGCUUUAUGGAACAUCAUUGCACAUCAUUGACAUUCUUAACAUUUGUGAUAAAACUUAAUUUAGUUAAAUUAGUUUCUCAAAAUAAAUAUCAAUGUUUCCAUAAUUUUCUCGAUUAUCUAAGGUGUUUAACAAAAUCUUAG